AUGAUCGGACUUUUGGGACUAGUCGCCAACGUCAUCAACUUGAUAGUCUUCUACCGUCAUGGUUUGAACAGUUCGAUCAACAUCAGUCUCUUUGUUAUGGCCAUCUCAGACGUGUUCACCAUCAUCUUUGUUCUAGGGGCAAACCUAUGUCUUAAUCCCUACAUUGACCAGUGGUCAGUUCCGGUUAUGUUCGCUGAGGUCUACUACAUCACAGGGGGAUGGCCAUCGGGCGUGUCGUGUCGUAUCACGCUGUACAUAACUGUCUACAUCACAGCAGAGAGAUGCUUGUGUAUCUUGUUCCCGUUAAAAGUGAAGACUAUGGUAACUCCGAUACGAUCCAAGUUUAUAAUCGCGUUAAUAGUUGUACUUAACACAUUGACUCUGGUUCCGGAGUAUUCGUCCAUUUACAUGGCCUGGCGAUACGACAGCACCAGAAAUGAGUCAGUACUUGGUGUAGCCUUCAGAAGUAACAGGCUCCAGACACAAGGUGUGACAUUUCUAUUGCACGUCUGCCUCGUGGUCACUGGACUCUUCUGCGUCACAACAUUGACCUCCAUCCUGGUCAGCAAUCUUCGACGUCAAACAAAAUGGCGUAUGAAAAGCAGCAGCGACGCCAAGCAGCAAGCAGCGUACUCAUCACGUGACCGAAAGUCUCAACUGAUGGUCAUUGUUGUGGCUACGUCAGUGGUCAUCUGCUACACACCGAUAACUUGCGUCUCACUGGUCAGUGUGUUCGAACAACAGUUUUCUAUCGGAGGACAAUAUUCCAGCAUAUUCGUUAACACCUGGGGCACGAUCUUUAUCUUUGGAAUGACCAACUCCAGUUCUAACAUCUUGAUUUAUUAUAAAAUGAAUUCUAAGUUUAAAAGUACACUGAAGGAACUGUUUUUCAGGACUAGACCUAGGUUUUCUCUUUGA